GGGCACGCGGAGUCUCCGUCUCGAGACCCGGGGGCGGAAACGUUUCGAUCGUGACGCCGCUGACAUCGCUCGCAGGGUCUGCCGCUGCUGCUGCCGCUCUCAUUGUUUCAUCAACCCACAUUUAAUCGACGACGGUUGAAUUAAAGUCGCCGACAAACGCGUGGCAUCGACACCACCAAAUUUUGCCUCAGUCGUAGUACAACAACAGUAACGAUUGCUUGCAGCACUGUACACGGUACUGUACGCCACACCUAUACCGUACGAACGCCCGUUGUAAUUCGAGAUUUUUUUAAAUGAUGAUUAAAUGUGCUUUAUGCCUACGGGAUUGUAAUGUUUUGCAGUUCCGGUCGUGAUGGAGAACGCCACUGGACUUAAAGACGAAGGGAACAAAUGCUUCAACGCAGGCGACUACGCAAACGCUCUGGUCUACUACACGAGAGCCAUCGCAUGCACGGAGGACAAGCGAGACCUGGCAGUCCUGUACAAGAACAGGGCGGCUUGCUACCUGAAGCAGGAGGAUUACGCACGAGCGGUGGAAGAUGCUUCUAAAGCUGUUGAAGACAACGAGAGCGAUGUGAAAGCCCUGUACCGACGUUGUCAGGCAUACGAGAAGAUGGACAGGUUGGACCAGGCAUUCAGAGAUGCGCAGAGGUGUUCGUCCAUCGAACCGCAAAACAAAGUGUUUGUGGAAACCUUGAGAAAACUCAGCAUUCAGAUACAGGAAAAGCUGAAGGUAAACCUCUCCACGGACGCCAAAGUCGAACAGAUGUUCAAGAUAUUGUUCGACGAAAACACUCCGGACGGCGACAAGGAAAAGGCGGCUCAGAACAUGGUGAUCCUAGCUCGGGAUGCCGCUGGCGCCGAUAGCAUCUACCAGAGCGAUGGGGUGCGGCAACUGCAGCGUCUCAUCAGCGCCAACAACCCCAGUAUGGUCCUCGCGGUCAUGCGCACGCUGGUGGGGCUGUGCACUGCGCACGAAGCCAGGGCGACCGCCGUCCUGCGAGCGAUCGGCAUGGAGACCCUGUGCAGGGUGAUGGCCAGCGACGAUGAGGGCAUCUCCAUCGCCACCUGCAAGGUGGUGCAGGCUGUGUGGGAGUCCAUUGUGGAAAGCCUACCCAAGGACCACGACAAGCAGCAGUCGCUUCUGCUGGAUAGCAACAAAGACCUGAAGGGAAUGGUUGUGCGCUUGGUGGAGAUGUUGGUGGACCAAGGCGUGUCUGGAUAUGGGAGGGACAACGCUAUGAAUAUUCUCAUCAAGAUCAUUCCUCGAAAGUCACUGAAAAACCCGGACAAUUCGGUCGCACUCAAGUUCAUUGACUACGGGAUGAAGCACGUGCUCAAAGUGGCUGGGAUUGUGGCGGAGUCGCCGGGCGGUCUCGCCGCGACGGAGAACACGUGCAUGACGGCGGCGGUGCUUCUCAACAAGCUGUACGAGGACCUGAGGAGCGACGCGGAGAGGGAGAACUAUGAGAAGAUUUGCGCCGAGUAUGUCACGAAAUAUUUCGGUGUGAGCGACGCGGCCGGAAAUCUGCACGCCAUCCAGACCAUAUCGGGGCUUCUGCAGGGCCCCUUUGAUGUGGGCAACAAGAUCCUGGAACUCAAGGGCGUCUUGGAGACGAUGGUGGCUCUGGUGGCCUCGGAGCGCGAGCUCGAUCAGCUGGUGGCCACGGAGGCGCUGAUCUACGCCGCCGCCAAGUCCAACCGCGCCACCUUCAUCACCAGCAACGGCGUGUCGCUGCUCAAGGACAUUUACAAGAAAACGACCAACGACAAAAUCAAGAUCCGCGCGCUGGUGGGACUGUGUAAAGUGGGCUCCGCUGGAGGCACUGACUAUAGCCUGAGGCAGUUUGCAGAAGGCUCAAUGGAGAAACUGGCCAAGCAAUGCAGGAAGUGGCUAACCAAUGACACCAUCGACAUCCGAACGCGGAAGUGGGCCAUAGAAGGCAUGGCCUAUCUCACUCUCGAUGCUGACGUGAAGGAUGAAUUUGUUGAAGACGAAGAUGCUUUGCGAUGCAUGCUGGAAUUAGCCAAGUCCAGCGAUAAGACCAUCCUGUACGCGGUGGCCUCCACGCUGGUCAACUGCACCAACAGCUACGACAAGAAGGAGCCUCCCGUGGAGAUGGUGGAGCUGGCCAAGUACGCCAAGCAGCACGUGGCCGAGCUGCACCCAAAGGACAAGAAGAAGUUUGUUAAUAUUCGUGUAAAGAAGCUGCUCAAGGCUGGCCUGGUGUCUGCGCUGGUUUGCAUGGUGAAGUCGGACAGUGCCGUGCUCACUGACGCCAGUAAGGAGCUCAUGUCCAGGGUGUUUUUGGCAUUGGUGGAAGAAACUGAAAACAGGGGAACGAUCGUGGCAGAAGGCGGUGGGAAGGCUUUAAUUCCUCUCGCCCUGGAAGGAACGGAGGUGGGAAAGAGUAAAGCCGCUCAAGCCUUGGCCAAAAUCACCAUCACGGCCAACCCAGUGAUCGCCUUUCCUGGCGAGAGGAUCUAUGAGGUGGUGCGUCCCCUCGUGAGCCUCCUGAACGUGGAGAAUUCGGGGCUGCAGAAUUUCGAGUCGCUCAUGGCCCUGACUAAUCUGGCAGGAAUCAACGACAAGUUGAGGAAGCAGAUGCUCAAAGAGAAGGCUUUCCCAAUGAUCGAAAGCCACAUGUUCGAAGAUCACGAGCAAAUCCGCGCCGCCGCCACCGAGUGCAUGUGCAACAUGGUCCUCAACAAGGAGGUGCAAGAGAUGUUUGAGGCAGACGGUAACGAUCGCAUGAAGCUGUUGGUCCUGUACAGCGGCAUGGACGACGAGAAGGUGCAGAUGGCAGCCUCUGGGGCGCUGGCCAUGCUAACGACCGAAAACACUAAGCUGUGUGCUAAAGCGACCCAAGUGACGUCACAGUGGCUGGAGAUCCUGCAGCACCUGGUGAUGCACGAGAAGAAGGACCUGCAGGUGCGGGGGCUUGCCGUCACCCUCAACCUGAUGAGCGCCGAGAAGGGCAUCGCCGAGAAACUGAUGGAGAGCGAGAUGAUGGAGAUCCUGUCAUUGAUCGCAAAGCAGGAGGGCAGCGAUUCGGAGAGCCAGAACGUUAUAUUGGCUCGCGAGUGUCUGUCCAAGGCCCUCAACUACGGACUGAUUAAACCCUUCUCCGAUGCUGUGCAGCCUUAAACAGCAGUAAUUGGUGAUCGGACAGAGACCAUCGCUACACUUGACACGCUACUUUACUCCUGCGUGGAAUGAUUUUAACCCAGGAUCUUAGCAGUACCAGCUCAGCACUCUGACUCUCUGAGCCACCCAUUAGACCAUAUAUUAUAACAUCUACAAACAAAGUACAAAUAUCGUGUGUGCGUUUUGUUCUUAAAUUGCAAGCAGUCUGUGCUUGGAAGCAUCGUCACCUAUAAUGGAUAUUAAGAAUAUAUUCACAAGUUAAUCCGUUGAUUGCCUUAAUUAAAAUGUACACUGUUUUGUUGUACUUUUUCAAAGUUGGUUAGCAGCACGCAUUCUCAAACAAAUACGCGUUUAUUUCCGUCAAAGGUUGACCGGUAAAUGGCGUUGCCAUACAACGUUCAGUCAUUCUGGCUCCAGUCGGACCACGUCUGUGAAUAUACGCUCGUUUUAUUUGGGAGUCAAAGUUUGCACAUGGAUACUUUGCAAUUAAAAAAUGUAUAACUUAACCAUACACAAGCAUAUAUAGACAAUAGUUUUCAGGUUUGGGAGCCUCCGAAAACUUAAGAUUGUCUGAAUUAUUGAAAGCUCUCACUUUUUAAAGUAAUGCACCCAACAUUUAACCAACAUAAUCAGGAUUAAUAUUCAAUCUUGGUUUGAAGCUUUCGUGACUGCAGGAAUCCAUACUCUUCGGUUCUUUCGGUAAAGUCACGUA